AUGGAAAUCUACAAUACAAAUAAUUUAUCAGUCACUGGUUUAUCUCAGAUAUUUCCACUACAUUAUUCAAAAGAAGAUGUUAAUCGUCUAAAAGAAUGCUUAUAUGAUGUCAACGAUGAUUAUUAUUCAUUAAAAGAAUCAUUAUCACCAGAAAAUAUAGAUCUUCUUAGAAAAGAGACUGAUGAUGGAAAGAAAGAAUUAGAAGAACUACAAACAAUGUAUGAUGAUACAGCAUAUGCAAUCGAAGCAUUAUUACAAAGAAUAGAAGAAAUCAAACAGUCCCCAUUACGUCGUGAUUUAGAAAUCCAACAAGAUAAAAUCAAAUUCUUGAAAGCUGCUUUAGCAUUGCAAGUCGAAAAAUAUCGCGGAAACAAGGCCGAAUACAGACGAAAUCGAAAAGAAAAAGUAGUUAAAGGCGCUAAAACAUUAUUAGAGAAGAGUAUUUUACAAGAAAAUAUUGAUUAUAAUAAUCGAGUUGUUAUUUUACAUGGUUUGCAAAGUUGUGUCACAGAAAUUGAUCUUCGAACAUUGUUUGAUCAUUAUGGUACUAUAUAUACUGUUAUUAUAUCAAAUGAUAUUGCAAAAAUCGAAUUUGAUACUGCUGUUGCUGCCGCGAAGAGUUUGAAUUGCCAGUCUACUCUAUUCAGAGAUAUAUUUGUUGAUGAUGGAUAUUAUGAUGAUUAUGAUUACGAAUAUGAUGAAAACCAAGAUUAUUUUUCAGAUGACUCUCCUGAAUCAACAAUAGAACCUGUUUCCAAAUCCAAACGAUUUGCAAACACAUCAACAAUGUUAUCAUUAUCAGAUUAA